GGCCCUCCCCUUUCUAUCUUCUCCAGCUCCAAAUGGCGCCACCGCGGCGGCCGGGUUAUCUUGUCCAGACGUGCAUCCCUCCGUUGUGAUCCAUUCCUCUCCGCGCCGCGAUAGCUAGCUUAGUUGCAAGCACCAGCAGCUAGCUGACCACCAAAACGUUAGCGCACGCAGACAAUUUCGACAGCAUCCAUCAGGUUUUAGGCCCCUGCUGCCGUCGUUGAGCGCCACCUGAAAGCAAUGGAGAUCGUCGCCACGCGCUCCCCGGCCUGCUGCGCCGCCGUGUCCUUCUCCCAGUCGUACAGCAGGCCUAAGGCGUCCAGGCCGGCGACCACGUUCUACGGCGAGUCGGUGCGCGUGAACACGGCGCGGCCGCUCUCGGCGAGGCAGUCCAAGGCGGUCAGCCGCGCGGCGCUCACCACCCGGUGCGAGAUCGGAGACAGCCUGGAGGAGUUCCUGACCAAGGCGACGCCGGACAAGAACCUCAUCAGGCUGCUCAUCUGCAUGGGGGAGGCCAUGAGGACGAUCGCGUUCAAGGUCCGGACGGCGUCCUGCGGCGGCACCGCCUGCGUCAACUCCUUCGGCGACGAGCAGCUGGCCGUCGACAUGCUCGCCAACAAGCUCCUCUUUGAGGCUUUGGAGUACUCCCAUGUGUGCAAGUAUGCGUGCUCCGAGGAAGUCCCCGAGCUGCAGGACAUGGGUGGCCCAGUUGAAGGUGGUUUCAGCGUAGCAUUCGAUCCCCUUGACGGUUCCAGCAUUGUUGACACGAACUUCACCGUUGGAACCAUCUUCGGAGUCUGGCCCGGCGACAAGCUGACUGGCGUCACUGGCGGCGACCAGGUCGCGGCCGCGAUGGGCAUCUACGGCCCUCGCACCACUUACAUUGUCGCCCUCAAGGACUGCCCUGGGACACACGAGUUCCUCCUCCUUGACGAAGGUAAAUGGCAGCAUGUCAAGGAUACCACGACCAUUGGGGAAGGCAAGAUGUUCUCUCCUGGUAACUUGAGGGCAACAUUCGAUAACCCUGAGUACGACAAGCUCAUCAACUACUACGUCAAGGAGAAGUACACAUUGCGCUACACUGGAGGAAUGGUUCCCGAUGUCAACCAGAUCAUAGUGAAGGAGAAGGGCAUCUUCACCAACGUGACGUCGCCGACGGCCAAGGCCAAGCUGCGGCUCCUCUUCGAGGUGGCGCCUCUGGGCCUUUUGAUUGAGAAGGCCGGCGGGCACAGCAGCGACGGCAAGCAGUCGGUGCUGGACAAGGUGAUCAACGAGCUCGACGAGCGGACCCAGGUGGCCUACGGGUCCAAGAACGAGAUCAUCCGGUUCGAGGAGACCCUCUACGGCUCGUCCAGGCUCGCCGCCGGCGCCACCGUCGGCGCUGCCGUCUAAAGUUUUUGCUGCCGAUCGAGUGGCUCUGAAUUACUAUAUAUAAUCCAAUCGGGUGAUGCGUAUACAGAUGGGCUCGUAGAUAUUGAAGUAUAAAUGAAUUGCUGGUCUUUUCUUAUCAGAAACUUUUAGGUUAAUCUUGUCCGCGUAUACAAGAAUAUAUAUAACUCAAAUAAUUGUUAUCGCUCUUUUAUAUUUCA